AUGGGAGACAAGGUGACUGCUUCUCACCAUAAGCCCCAGCCAUCUCGAUGCUCUAUCUCGAUUCUGUCCUACUGCAUGUCAGGCCGCGAUGGCAAGACCACCAGGCGAGGAAGCAUGGCCUUCCCCGCCAUUGGCAUGUACUCGUGCGUCAGCUACCUCACCAAGCUCGCUGAUCGCCAGCUCCAGCUUCAUCGAGUUCUGACCGCCAAUGUGAAUUCGUUGGCUGCCAAUAUCAGACGUUCGCUAUGUUCAAUGGUAGCGAGUAGCGCCAGCUUCAAGCUUCCCCUCGCCGAACGUCGACAUCGAUCGACAUUUUGUUGGGGCUCGGCGGCUGGUCCACCCCUGAUGGCUGGCUGUUCAAACCUCAAGGGUCCAUGUCUCCAACCAGACAAAGUUACUAGAGAACAUCUGAAAAGGCAGCAAAAGCAAGCGCAGCAGCGACCUCCGCACACAUCAGACAAACUCUGUCGCCAGACGACUUGGAAGCUGGUGUUAAUGUAA